AUGCCGCCCGUCGACCCCACCAUUCUUUCGACCGAAGCCGCGGCACCCAUCACCUCGUUCGUAUCGCAGUCGCCGAAUUCGAACUACACGCUCAACGAACGCGUGGCCGGCCAAGCUCUGGUCAGUGUCAGUGCCAGUCGUUGGUAGUCGCAGUCUAGUUUUCGCAGCCCGACGUCCGCCGUCGAACUCGGAGCCCCGCCGAUGCGUGGUGACUGACCUCCUCUCCUUCUGCUGUGCUGUGGGAUAGACGGAUCUGUGUCGACUAGGUCCCAAUGGGCAGACGCAGUGUGUCCAAGUAAGCGUCGUUGCUGGCCGGGCACUCGUGACGUCACCCCCCGCGGCGGAGUACCACUUUUACGACGCACCGACACUGCAAACGGUCGAGUAGUGACCAUCAACCGAACUCGGGGAUGGAGACUGAUCAGCAAUGACUUCCGCACACAGGUGCACGAACAAGUGACCAAAGUGUUUGCGUUGAUGCAGAGGCAGGUGCGUUCCUACCUCUUCCCAGAACCCCUCUCUCUCUACACAACGACGCUCAUCACUUGCCUCUCCAUAGGGUUUCCUGUGCCAACUCCCAUCGGACCCGAGUCAUACCGAACUCUUUUGCCAGCGGAUACAACAGAUCGUAGCGUGGCAGUCUUGA